AUGGAAGCUCAAUUAGUGGAGGAUCCUAGCAUUACCCAUUCUAUGGAGAAGACAGCUGGAAUUUCAAAAAAGUUACCAAGUUCAAUCCCAAAGAAUUUGGCUGACAAGGGGAAGAAGAUUGUACAUCGCAAUGCAUUUGCUUUGUUGGAGGAUCUAACGGAGGAAGUUCCCUAUGACCCCACUGAAUUAAUGUUGGAUUUUGACUCAUGCAACGUCUUUUUAGGGAAGGAUUUCGAGUGUGAGCAAGAUAUUGGAGAUCCCCCAUAUAAAGAAGGUGAGGAGGAGGGGGAAUUGGUGCCUCAAUCAAUUAUUCUUCACAGCCAUGUAAGGAAAGAGAUUGAUGUAACGGCUGGAGGUGAUUUGGUUGAGAUUGAUAAUCCCACCUUUGCCCAUAAUAAGGAAGGGUAUGUGGCAGUUGGGGAGGGAGAGGAGGAUAUGAUUAUGGCAAGAGAUAAUGCGGCAGCACCUACUUUGGAAACUACAGAUUGGGGGGGCCCUAUUAGGGAAUCCUUAUUGCAAAUCCUAGAGGAUGGUGACAAAGCUAAUGGAGAACAAUCUAAUCUGAAAGAGACAUCCACCAAGGGAAAGAAAAUUUCGGGCAGCACUAUUCCAAGGGGUCCACUUUUAGAAGGUGGACGUUCUAAAGGCUACUAUUCAAUUGAUCCACAUGAGGAUUUCUGUUAUUGGGACUUCUUUGUCCUUCCUUUGUCUUCUGCUGUAUAUGCGCUAAAUUCUCUUGAAGGUCGAAUGGAACUUUGGAGGGAGAUAAGCGGCAUUGCUUCAGGAGUUGUUGAACCUUGGGCUGUUAUGGGAGAUUUCAAUACGGUUAGACACCAAAAUGAGAAGAUGGGAGGGGAUGCUAUCCAUCAGGGGGUGGUUGAUGAAUUUAAUUCCUGCAUCUUCAAUUCGGGCCUGGCUGACUUGAAAUGGAGAGGGGAGUUUUUCACUUGGAAUAAUAACCAAAGUGGUACUCGUAGAAUCUGCUGCAAAUUAGAUCGAGUCCUUGUUAAUAGUGCUUGGCUGGACAAGUUACGUUUCUCGGAAGCGAACUUCCUAUGCCCGGAAUAUCCUGACCAUAGCCCGAUUGCUCUCAAUAUUUUGGACAAUCUCAACUCUGGGCCUAAGCCGUUCAGGUUUUUUGAUGCUUGGACUCACCACAAGGACUAUGAUGAAGUGGUAAAAAGGGGCUGGUUGAAGGCUAUAAAUGUCAACUUAAACCCCUUCUUGAGAUUUGCUGCAAAGUUAAAGAAUGUAAAAUCUGAGCUUAAAUGUUGGAAUAAGGAGAGUAUCGGAGAUGUCUUCAAAAAUGUUAAGGAUGCAGAACAUGAUCUUGGCCGAAUUCAGUAUGACCUUUCUCUUUAUCCCCUUGAUGAUUCCCUUGUUGUAUUGGAGAAGGAAGCUAAAGGCAAGUUGUGGGCUGCGCUGCAAAUGGAAGAAAGGUUUCUUAAGGAGAAAUCUAGGGUUAGGUGGCCAGGGCCCGAUGGUUUCGGGGCUGGCUUUUACAAGCACUCGUGGGAGGUCAUUGGUGAGGAGCUAACACAUGCUGUCCAAUGGUUCUUUGCAAACUCCUUCAUGCCCCGUUCUAUUAAUGCAACCUUUAUUACUUUGGUUCCGAAGUCUGGGGAUGUCUCCACUUUUGCGGGGUUUCGGCCAAUUGCUUUAUGCAAUCUCCUAUACAAGAUUAUUACUAAAAUCCUCUCCAAUAGGAUCCAGCAUGUUAUUGGGAGUGUGGUCAGCCAUAAUCAGUCAGCUUUCAUCAAGGGCAGGUCUAUUGUUGACAAUAUUCUUGUUUGCCAUGAUAUUGUGCGAGGUAUCGAACAAAAAGCUGCCAGCCCUACUGCAGUUUUGAAGGUGGAUCUUCACAAGGCCUACGACUCUCUAAGUAGGAAAUUUUUGUUUGAUGUGAUGGGAAGAAUGGGAUUCUCUGAUAAGUUCAUAGGCCCGGCUGGUUUCUUCAAUGGAGCGAGAGGGAUUAGACAAGGGGAUCCACUGUCCCCCUAUCUGUUCACCCUUGCUAUGGAGGCCUUCACUGGAAUUAUGCGAAGGCUUGAGAUUGAUGGUCAGAUUAAGCUGCUGCCCCGCUGUAAAUCAUUUCACCUUUCACACCUCAUUUUUGCAGAUGAUCUUAUGAUUUUUGUGAAGGGGAACCGCGAUUCUAUUUUAGCUAGUUUGGGGGGUCUGGAUGAGUUUGCUGCCCUCUCCGGGCUUCAACUUAACAGAUCUAAGUCCUCUAUUAUUUUAGGGGGCCUUACCCAAACUAGUAGUCUGGAACUUUUGGAUUUAACGGGUUUUUCGGAAACCAAGCUGCCUAUUAGGUACCUUGGAGUUCCUCUUGUGUCCGGCAGGUUAUCCAUGAAAGAUUGCAGCCCCAUCUUGGACUUGGUUCGUCGAAAGUUGGAAGGGUGGAAGGCUAGAUUCCUCUCUUAUGCUGGUCGUCUUCAACUCUUAGCUUCAGUUCUUCAAGGAAGUUACAUUUACUGGGCAGGGAUUUUCGGCCUUCCUGGUAAUGUUAUCACCAAGCUGGAGUCUAUGUUCUCUAACUUCCUUUGGUCAGGUCCCUCUCUUCAAAGGAAGACCCACUUUAUUUCUUGGGAUGCGAUCUGUAAACCAAAAUCAGAGGGAGGUUUGGGAAUCAAGCGGAUCAAAGACAUGAACAUUGCUGGAAUUAUGAAGCAAAUUUGGUGGAUUGCCUCCAAGCAGGAUCGGCUUUGGGUUAAGUGGGUUCAGCAAAGAUACCUAAAGCAAGAGUCUCUUUGGACAGUCAAGGGUCUCAACAACUGCUCCUGGGUCUGGCGUAAAGUUUUGAAGUAUAGGGACAAAGCCCUUCCCCUUAUCAAAACUAUCAUUGGGGAUGGGGCUGCUACAAAGCUUUGGCUUGAUAAUUGGCACCCAUUUGGAGUUCUCUUGAAUAGAUUUGGUAGCAGGAUAUGCUACGACGCAGGCUCCUACUCUCUUGCUGCCCGACAUGCGUGUGUCAAGGAGAUUGUGCGUGAUGGAGAUUGGUACCCUGGCCCCUCUACAUCUUUUAACCUCAUUGAUAUAUGGAGGGCCCUUCCAACCAUUGAAAAAUUUCACGAUGAGGUUCCGGAUUUGACAGUUUGGAUUGGCAACUCUUCGGGUAAUUUCACUUCCAAAUCAGCUUGGAAUGCUGUCCGCACAAGAACUGCCCGUGAUUGGAGUGAAGCUGUUUGGUUUGAAAGGGGAUUAAUUCCCAUUGCUUUAUAG